GUCCCUUCAAAGAUAACAGAUGCAUCAGAGGAAAAGCCUUUAGCAAGUAUUCCUUAGCCCACCAUGGAAAUUUCUAAAAUAUCUGUUUCCAUCUGUUUAUUUUAGCUCCCAAAAAGACUUCACCUGGAUAGAUAUGUGCCUGAAGAAAGCACAAUAACAUAGCAUCAAAAGGAUUUAUAAUCUCAGACUUAUAUGCUUCCAGUCCUCUACCUUCUUUUCAGUUGCAAAGUGGUGCUGAUAAAUGUGACAUCAAAAUGCAGUCUCACACUCUGGUUUCUGAACAUCAACAACAAAAAAGAAUGGAGGAAGCCGAACUGCUGAAAGAAAGAUUCCAGGCCAUAACAGACAAAAGAAAACUGCAAGAAGAAAUCACACAGAAACGUUUAAAAGUAGAAGAGGAAAAAAUGAAACAUCAACAUUUAAAGAAAAAGGCCUUGCGAGAAAAAUGGCUCUUGGAUGGCUUUAGUUCCAUGACUCCAAAAGAAGAAGAAGAAAUGCAAAAGCAGAAUCGGGAGGACCAACAACAGACUCAUGAGCUGGAACAAGACAUUUUCAGACUGGAGAAGGAAAUUGAGGCUCUGGAAAGACAAGAAAUGGAAGUCUCAGCUAAGGAAGAAGCAAUUUUAAAGAAACUGAAAUCCGUUGAGAAAACAACAGAAGACAUAAUAAAGUCUGUGAAGACUGAAAAAGCUGGAUUUGAAAAAGAGGCAGCAGACUACAUAUAUUCCAGCAUCCCUGACCUCCCCAAGUAUUUCAAACCUUCUGCACUGAGAAGUACAGCACAUGCUGACAUGGAUGACGAAGAAAAGAGAAAAGCAUUGUUUGCCAUGGAAAUUAAGGUUGAAAAAGACAUGAAGACAGGUGAAAACACAGUGUUAUCAACAAUACCUCUUCCCUCAAAGGAGUUUAAAGAGACAGGAAUUAAAGUCUAUGAUGAUGGCAGAAAGUCAGUCUAUGCAGUGUCCUCAAAUGGGAACACAACACAAAAUGGGAUGGAUGAACUCGCUCCUGUUGAAGUGGAAGACCUGCUACGGCAGGCAACUGAAAAAAACUCUCAGUCUCCCACAGAGUACCAUGAACCUGUCUUUGCAAACAAAUUCUGCAGGCCAGUUACUCCUCAGAAAGACAAAUUAGUCCCUGGACCAAAACCUGAAGGCACUGACAAAAGAGAGAUGAAUGGAUUUAGCAAUCAUCAGACAGAGUUCUCCUCCAAAACAGAGCCCUAUAUGGAGCAAAAUAAAGAGAAUGGCCUUGAUCUUCCAAAGGUAACACAACCUGAGUCUCCCUCUCCAGUAAUUUCCCAUAUAGAGAAGAAAGUGCACACUAAUUCUGAGAACAGGAUGAUUCAUAAUGAACAAAGAAAUUCUGCACAUGAGGAAUUAAAACCUUACCAUAAUACAAGGGAAAGGCAUAGUGAGACAAGGUUUUUAAAUCCCCCUCAGCCUAAAGAAGCAUCCCCCGCACCCCAAGACCAGGAAGACGUUCGAUACAAUGUUGUGCAGGCUGUACCUUGUUACGUGGAUGAAUCCGAACCUGUGACGAUGGUGUUCAUGGGCUAUCAGCGCAUUGAUGAGGACGAUGCAGAAGCAAACCAGAAGUUGUCCCCAUAUGAUGGGGUUAUCCGUGCAGAACUAGUAAUCAUUGAUGACGAUGAUGAAGAUGACAGCAAAUCUGAGAAACCAGCAUAUCAUCCCAUAGGCCAUUACAGUCAAGUUUAUCAGCCACCAAACAGGAAAACCACAGAAGCCCAACAGACAAACCCUGUGAGCAGCCUGGAUGCAAGGCUGAACAAGGUACCCCACAAAAAUUCCAUCUCUCUGCAAGAGCAAGAGGAAUGCUUAAGCUCACCAACACACCAUGCUCAUCUUCACAGCCAGAUGUCUGGAGAUGGUACAGAAGAUCCCUCGCUAACAGCUCUGAGGAUGAGAAUGGCAAAGCUGGGGAAAAAGGUGCUUUAACAGCUGUAAUGACAUGGAAGUAAAAUUUACCACUCAAAUCAGAUAAAGCUAAGAAGACUUCCUUGCACAUACUUUUUUCUGGAUCAUAAUGCUUGUUUUGCUACUCUGUUUCGUGGGCUAUUUUGCCCUCUGCAUAAUGCAAUGGACUUUAAGAGACUUUCAGAUUUGACCAACUGCCACACACACAAAUCACACCCUGGGUUUUGUUGAAAGUAGUGGAAAGUUACCUAAGGCCAUAAAUGCAGUGUAUAUACAAGUAUGAAGACAUGUGCGUACCUGUUCUCACAAUCAGAAAUAUCCUGUUGCUAUAUACACAGAGCAGAUAAACACCUAUCUCCAUGGAACAUUGUUUCACAUUAAAGUGUGCCAAUCUAUCUAUUUUGACUUAAAAUGCUGUUCCAGCAUUCUUUUUGUAAAAGCACUGGUUAAUAAAAAGCUAAAUGUGAGUGAGGAGCAGGAAGAAAUGUAAAUAUAAAAAGUGCUUUCCAGUUAUACUACCUUGGAUGAAAUGUAAAGCAUUCCUUUUUAAGUGAUAGCAGAACAAACCAAAAAUAAUUAAGCCAGCAUAUUUAAAUAUUUAGCUACAUUCUAGAGCUCCACAGUCCAUUCCCCUUUCUAUGUUACAGAUGACAGUGUAGCCAUUCUCACACCCUGCUCUCUUCACCAUCCCACAAACAUCCUGCCCACCCACAACCUCACAGAUCAAUCCUUGCAUAAUAACAUGAGCAGCCUGACCUCCUGAGCACAGCUUCACCUCCCAGCUUGCUGAGAAGGUGCCCUGCUUUUCCAAGAAACUGGUUGCCAGCCAGGCAGUGCCUGUCCAUCAAAAAAAACCCCAACCUAACAAAAAAACCCAAAACAAACAACCAAACACCCCAAAAACCAUACUGUUCAGGUUUCAGUUGGCUGGGGAGCUAAACUCAGGCAAGCCUCCCAGCAGAAAUACUGAGCUGCCAGUGGCUUGUCCUGUAGCUGAAAACAAAGAUCUGUUACAGGUGCAGCCACUGCUGGGCAUGGUUCUCCAGCAAGGCUCCCACCAAAAAACAGGUUAAUUCUUUCCCAUGAUAGAGGGGAUAAGGGCCCUAAAACCAGGUUAAAUCACACUUAGAAAAAUCACAUGCAAGUCCCAUUUUCCAGUACAGAGCUCCUAGGGAGAAAAAGUGCCUCAGAGCACACUACACCAUUACACUCAGAUUAGUACAACAGCUUUAAUUCACUAGGUUUUUAGCCUCAUUUGUUCACUAAACAGAUAAAGCUCAGGUUGUCUUAUUCUGGUAUAGCUGACUCAAAUUAUGCACCAGCAGAAAAAUAAGCUUUAAUUUUUUUGUUGUUAUUCUUUUCAAAGCAGGAAACUGAAGUUACUACCUCAUAGUGAGGCACAAUGGUAGUAAUUGACUGAUUUGUAGCCUCUAAACAUUUGGUGGCUCCCAGUCUAAUGUGGGUAUUAAUUUCAAAAUUUAAUACUUGUCAGAAAUGGUUACCUGGAGAGUGGAAUAGUAAAUAAAAACAAAUAAAUUCUAUUAUAGUACA